AUGUCUCUUGAAACCAUUUCCACCAUCUCCCCCGCUACCAACGAGGCUAUUCUCACCCGCACAGGUGUCUCGUCAGAGGAAUUGAGGCAGAUCCCCGAGAACGCCCAGGAUGCUUUCCGCUCAUUCUCGCAAUCCACGACCCUAGAGAAAAGGCAGAAGAUUGUGGAACGUGCCUUAGAUAUCCUGGAAAAGAAGCAAGAUGAACUCGCACGCGAGGUUACAGAGCAGAUGGGCCGACCCAUCGCUUAUACUGGCGUUGAAGUCGCGACCGCAAUCAAGCGUAGCCGCUACCUGACCCGCAUCAGCACCUCCGUGCUAGGCGAGGAAGGUAUUGUGCCCGGAGAGGAGGAGAAGGGAUUCAGACGUUAUAUUAAACGUUCGCCAGUCGGUGUGGUGUUGAUUAUCUUCCCAUGGAACUACCCUUACCUCACACUUGUCAACAGCUUGAUUCCUGCCAUUCUCGCUGGAAAUGCCGUUAUCCUCAAGCCCUCCCCACAAACCCCUACAAUCGUCGAGCAAUUUGCUUCCGCUUUUACCGAAGCUGGUCUUCCUCAAAAUGUGCUGCAAUUCUUCCACUGUGGAUCUUUCACUUUGCUUGAGACACUCGUACGCUCGCCGCUUGUGAACCACAUCUGUUUCACUGGCUCCGAAGCUGGAGGUCUGGCAGUUCAAAAGGCAGCCGCAGACCGGAUUGUAAAUGUUGGUCUGGAGCUCGGCGGCAAGGACCCCGCUUAUGUGCGGGAGGAUGUAGAUCUAGCCUGGGCUGCCGAGGAGGUCGUUGAUGGAGCUAUUUUCAACAGCGGACAGAGCUGCUGUGCGAUUGAGCGAGUAUACGUCCACGAGGAGGUGUACGACGGCUUUAUUGCUGAGGUGAAGAAGGUCCUGAGCAACUACAGAGUUGGCGAGCCCUCUGAUCCAAAGACCCAGAUUGGACCUGUUGUCUCCAAGCAGGCAAAGCAAGCUAUUCUAGCCCAGAUCGAGGCGGCUGUUAAAAGCGGCGCGAAGAAUGAGACCCCUGCCAACGAGACCUUCGAAAAUUUCCCCCCGAACGGAAACUACGUUAGGCCCACUCUCCUCACUGAAGUUACCCAUGAAAUGGCUAUUAUGAAGGAUGAAACUUUCGGACCUGUCAUUCCUGUCAUGAAGGUCUCGGGUGAUGACGAGGCCAUUCGUCUUAUUAAUGACAGCGACUUUGGCCUCACCGCCAGCAUUUGGAGUAAGGACGUUGCGGCAGCCGAGAAGCUGGUUGACCGUGUGGAGGCUGGCACCGUGUUUGUUAACCGAUCCGACUACCCCAGUCCCGAUCUUGCUUGGACUGGUUGGAAGAACUCUGGUCGUGGAGUUACCCUCAGCCGAUUUGGAUUUGAGCAGUUUGUCAAGCUAAAGAGCCACCACAUCAAGGAUUACCCUAAAUAA